GGCAGCGGGCCAAUCAAAACCGCACUGGCAGACGUCACGAGGCGAACUUGACGAGCUGAUUGGUGGGAACGGGGAGGGGGGACAGCCCCUGUCCUUUUAUAGACGACCCCGUCCAGCGCGUAAAAGCUACUGGGCACCGCUGACAGCGCGCAGAGACGCAUAUUGGACACUGUACAUCUCAGCGACUCCAUUCCUCUGAACGGGCCACACGGAGGUGCAUGGCCCCAUCCCCUUGUAUCGUGAUGAAUCCUGUGCAGGGGUCGCCGUCCCAAGACGCCAAACAGCUUCAUCAAAAGGAGGAGACGGACACGGAGGGAGAGGAGCCUAAAGACAUGACCACCGAGAAAGGAUACAAACUGCAGCGGAGCAGCCUCCCGUUUAGCGUCGAGUCGUUGAUUUCCAAGAAGACCACCUGUCGGACUUCUUAUUCCCCCUCAGAAUUAGCUCUGGUCCUGCCCAAGCCCGUGGCGGGGCAGGGCGCGCAGUUCUCUCCAAGGACUUUUUACGCGGAGAGUAAGGUUUCCGCGGAGAGCUCGCAGGGUGUUUCCAGUAGCUCCAGCGAGGACAGUCCGCAGUUUUGUGAGAAAGAUCAGAGCACUUGGUUCCAGACGUCCUCCUUUUCUACUCCUCCUCGGAGCUCAAGUCCAACUCAGUGUACUUUACGGAAACACAAAAACAACAGGAAACCUCGCACGCCCUUCACUACCUCCCAGCUGCUGGCGCUGGAGCGCAAGUUUCGCCAGAAGCAGUACCUCUCCAUCGCCGAGAGAGCAGAGUUCUCCAACUCUCUCAACCUGACGGAGACUCAGGUCAAAAUUUGGUUCCAGAACAGGAGGGCCAAAGCGAAGAGACUGCAGGAGGCCGAGCUGGAAAAGUUUAAACUGGCCUCCAAGCCCGUCCUGCCCGCCUUCGCGCUGCCGUUCCCCAUCGGAGCGCACAUGGGCUCUCCAACGUGGGGCCCUUCAAGCGCCUUCCCGAGGCCCAGUCUGCCGGUCCCAGGACUGUUCAGUGGACCCGUUACAUAUGGGAUGUACUAUUUGUCUUAGUGUUCCUGUGUGUGUGUGUGUGUGUGAGAGAGAGAGAGAGAGAGAGAGAGUGGUGUGUGUGUGUGUGUGUGUGGUUUUAUGUCCUCUGCUUGCAAUACACGUAUGAGGACGGUGCGUCCUUAACAUCCGGGAAAACCAUUUUUGUAUUUUCAAUUUGGAGUUUAGAGAUAUUUUUCUAACCUCCAGAAUUGAAGACAAAUAAGAUUUGGGACACACUUUGAUAUAUAAGUGUGUGCGUAACUGGGCCGAGUUCGUUCACUUACUCUCCGCAUUUUAAGUGCUGCGGCUUGUGGAUUCACAGGCCCGUUUAGGCAAUACUCCAAAUGUUAAAUGUCAGGUUUUUAAACGACAUGCCUUAAAUAUCUCAUUCCAGUCCGUCCACCGUGCUCCGCAGUAGUUUGUGAAACUGGACAUUUAAAGUGUGCCCGAACAUGAAGGCAAUCAUCUACUGAAGCGGAGGAGAAAAUAAACGCUUAAAAGCAACAGAAAAGUACUUAAACGGUGUCAGUGCCUUAGGACCAGUGUAUCACUUGAAGUUUUUCUGCUUGUUCGGCAUUGACUGUUCUCUGUCAUCACCGGGUAAAACUGCAGUUUUCCAUAGUGGCUGUUUGAAUGUCUGUAUUUCCUUACAGCGGUUCCUGUCACAAUUUCUAUACUUUGUAAACAUGAAGCAAAAUUAUAUUUUAGGAAACACAUGUAUUAGAUAUUUUUUUACUCUCAACGUGGCCUUUGUGGGAGUGAUGAUAGGUUUUCUUUCGAGGAAUUUUGCUGUAAAUGUAAAUAAAAUGUGUAGUGUUGAUAAAGCCCUGCAGCCUCCCCUGAAGAGCAGCAGGAAAAGCGGUAUUUAUUGAAUAUCUUUGUAUCUGUACUGUGUACAUACAUCACUCUAUCUAAAUGUUCAGUUACUUGUAAAAACUGAUUUUAGUAAAUAAACAUUAUACAAGG